AUGCUCUCUACGUUACCGCGCUUACCGCUCUUCGAGGCUGUUACUCAGCAUGACCCCGAGUCCAAAGCCGUUGUCCACUCCCUCUCCGGGCGGACCUUCAAGUAUGGAGAGCUUCUCGGUGAUGUGAGUCGCGCACGAGAUAGGCUUUUUGAAGCUUCCGGUCGCAAAGACCUCAAUGGCGAGCGCAUUGCUUUCCUUGUCGAGAAUAGCUAUGACUACGUAGUGACGCUCUUGGCCGCAAUGGCUGCGCGCUCUAUCGCCGUACCACUAUCUCCCGCAUUCCCUGCGCCAGAGCUGCAAUACAUCCUCAACCAAAGUGAAGCUUCGUUACUGGUCUCUUCUCCAAAAUUCGCUUCAAAAGCCAAGGAAGUUCUUGCGACGGAACUUACAACAAAGCCGGCGCAUCUAGAACUCCAGAAGCACCAAGGAAGAGGCAGUCAUGAGAAGGUUCAAUUGGACGAUGCGAGUCCUGGCGAAGCUGGCAUGAUGCUAUACACUUCAGGCACGACCAACAAGCCUAAAGGAGUCCUACUCCCCCAAUCUGUCUUGACGGCUCAGUCUCGUUCCCUCGUCGAAGCUUGGAAUUACUCACCUUCCGACCAUCUUCUCCACGUCCUCCCUCUUCACCACAUCCACGGCACCAUCAAUGCCAUUCUCACGCCUCUCCUUGCGGGCUCGACAAUUGAGUUCAUGUUCCCCUUCAACGCCGAUGCUGUCUGGAAGCGCUUCUCUGCCCCUUUUCUCGCCAACGACACUUCCACGCCAAAGGAGAAGAUCACAUUCUUUACCGUCGUGCCCACCGUCUACAGCAGACUUCUUACCUCUCACAAGAGUCUUCCUCCUGACAUGCAAGAAGCCACCCGCAAAGCCAUUUCCCCAGAGAACAUGCGACUCUCCAUUUCUGGCUCUGCGGCACUCCCAACACCUGUAAAGACUGCCUGGAAGAAUCUCAGCCACGGCAACGUUCUCCUUGAGCGCUACGGCAUGACCGAGGUUGGUAUGGCUCUGAGCUGCGGUCUUGACUUUUCCGAUCGUGUGGAUGCCAGCGUCGGCUGGCCAUUGCCAUCUGUGCAGGCACGUCUAAUCGAUGUUGACACUGGUGACAUUAUCAAAGAGGGCGAGGAAAUCGAUGCGCAAGGUCGCGAGCGCUCUGGAGAAAUCCAGCUUCGUGGUCCGACCAUUUUCCGCGAGUACUGGUGCAACCCAACCGCAACAGCGAGUGAAUUUGUCGAAGACGCAGACGGAAACGGCAAAUGGUUCAAGACAGGCGAUGUUGCUGUUCGGCGCCCAGUUCCAUCUGCCACUGCUGCUCAAUCCUGGACUGCUGGCCCCCUAUACUUUAUCCAGGGACGCAAAUCCGCCGAUAUCAUCAAAACCGGCGGCGAGAAGGUAAGUGCUCUAGAGGUCGAGCGCGAGCUAUUGUCUCUGCCCGAAGUAUCUGAAGCGGCUGUUGUUGCUGUACCCAGUGGACAAUGGGGCCAUAAGGUCGGCGCGGUGCUGGUUCUAGACAAAGAUGUCACCAAGAAGUGGUCGGCGCUCGACAUGCGCCGGGCCCUGAAGGGACGUCUGGCAAACUACAAGAUCCCCCAGGUGAUGCGACUCGUUGAUCAAAUUCCUCGCAACGCCAUGGGCAAGAUCAAUAAGAAGCAACUGGUCAAAUCCAUCUUCCCUGAUGAUAUCAGUGGGGAUGAGAGCUAA